AUGCCGCACCCCGGGUCCGAGUUUGGACCCCGCGCUCCGCCCUGCCGCACCCGGGAUCCAAGUGUGGACCCCGCGUCCGUGCUGUCACACCUCGCGUCCGAGUGUACACUCAUUGCUGCUCCUCAGAUCCUAGUGUGGACCCCGCGCUCCGCACUGCCACACCCGAAUCCGACCAACCCCCUCGUCCAUGCCUGUACCAUUGAGGGAGGCUCCCACUGUUCUCCUGCCCACCCCUGCCAGUCCUUCUGUGAGCACCCUGGGAGCUCCAUGGAGAAAACCCUGGAGUGGACCCUGGAAGCUAUCCUGAAUUUCAAAUACUCUGGAGGCCCGGGCCACGCUGAAGGAUAUUACAGGAACCUCUCCCUGGGCCUGCAUGUAGAAGUUGAGCCAUCUGUAUUCUUCACCCGAGUCAGUACUCUGCCAGCAACCAGUACCCGGCAGUGCCACCUGCUCCUGGAUGUCUUCAACUCCAUGGAGCACGAGCUGACAGUCAGCGCCCGGAACAAUGAAGAGCUCAUCCUGCACGCCGGCGAGUGCCAGCGAAUGGCGAUUCAAGUGGACAAGUUCAACUUCGAGAAUUUCCCAGAAUCCCCUGGGGAGAAGGGACAAUUUGCAAAUCCAAAGCAGCUGGAAGAAGAGAGGCAGGAAGCUCGAGGCCUGGAGAUCAACAGCAAGCUGGACAUCCGCUGGAGAGUCCCCUCUCUGAAGCGCACAGGCGAGGCGAGCGUGGAAGGACUCCUGAACCAGCUGGUCCUGGAGCACCUGCAGCUGGCUCCUCUGCAGUGGGACGUGCUGGUGGACGGGCAACCAUGUGACUGCGAGGCGGCGGCCUGCCAGGUGGGCGACCCCGUGCGGCUGGAGGUGCGGCUGACCAACCGGAGCCCGCGCAGCGUGGGGCCCUUCGCCCUCACGGUGGUCCCCUUCCAGGACCACCAGAACGGCGUGCACAACUACGACCUGCACAACGCUGUCUCCUUCGUGGGCUCCAGCACCUUCUACCUCGACGCGGUGCAGCCUUUGGGCCAGUCGGCCUGCCUGGGGGCCCUCCUCUUCCUCUACACGGGCGACUUCUUCCUCCUCAUCCGCGUCCACGAGGACAGCACGAGCAAGGAGCUGCCGCCCUCUUGGUUCUGCCUGCCCAGCGUGCACGUGCGCUCCCUGGAGGCGCAGGCUUGAGCUGCUCCUGCCCCGUCUGGGUCCCUGUGCCCAGAGAGCCGUGGGGGCAAGGCCUUCGCUGCAGCUCCUGUCCCCUCCUCCCAGCCCCACCCCUCUCCUCCCCUUCCUCCUUCAGCAUCCUUUCCAGGCGGUGCAGGAGACCCCAGACAUGGCAGCCUCCCCUCUUCCCACACUGGCCACCAGGGUCUUUCUGCUGGAGCCUGGCAUGCAGGUGGAUGCUGACCAAACCCCAGAGGGUGGUGCCCGCCCAGCCCGGGUCCUGGGGUCCCUGCACCUCUUCCUGUGACCUGGGGCUCAGCCCAGCCAGUAGGAAGAAGAGGCGAGCGUGAGUGAGGGGCACAGCCCAGGUGGGCCUGAGGAGCCUCCCUCUGCCCCGUCGGCCACUGGAAUCC